AUGCAAUCCAGUCCUAGCUUAUUGGUUAUGUAUGUGUUAUUGGGGGUGGGGCAUCAAAGAACCGGCAUUCAUGGCGGCGUGUGGGGUGCAGGAUUGCCAGUGUUAUCGCCUUUGUUGUGUCGUUCGUUGACGGUAAUAUCCCGGAGUCCAGGACUGCGCAGCGCCGAGAAACCUCACCGCAUCUACGGACCCAUCAUUUCGGGGAAUUCUUUUGAGAAGUUGGCGGCUGGGGACGGAGGAGACUCGACCGAUGCCGUGUUGUCCGGAUGGCCGCAUGUCCGCAUGUUAUGGACCCCGAGAAUGGUGUCGGGAUUCGGUAGUGAUGCAUGA